AAAAGUUGAAGUUAGGUGACAAAUGACAUCGAUUGACAUCAUAUUGACAUUGACAUUAGUCUUCGACUUCGGGGGUAUGUACUAUGGUGCUGUGCUAUGUUUUGAUUUCAAUUGUUUAUAUAUGAAUAGUUCAGCUUUUGUAACAAACUGAAAAUAAGUAAAGUAAAAUUGAUUAUCAUUUUAAUUCAUACGUAAUUGUUGUACUUUACUGUUAAUACGAUGGCUCAUUACAAAGGAGCAGCCAGCGAAGCUGGUAGAGCCAUGCAGCUGAUGAAAAAACGUGAAAAGGAAAUGCAAGACUUAGAACUCAGGAAAAAAAGAAUUGAGGAGGAUCUAAAACUUAACAACAUUGAAAAUAAAUUUGCUACACACUACGAUGCCGUUGAACAGCAGCUCAAAAGCUCCACCAUAGGUUUAGUUACCCUUGAUGAAAUGAAAGCAAAGCAAGAGAAUAUUGUUAAAGAAAGGGAAAAGAAGUUGGCUCAAAAACAAGCUGAGAAAGAAAGGGAAAAACAAAGACAAAUGGAAGCGAAACAAGCCGAGAAAAAUAAGCAGAAGAAACAGAUUCAAGCAUUGUCUUUCAACCUUGAAGAUGAAGAAGGAGAAGAAAGUAAUGAUGAUGAUGAUGAAAAUGAGCAGGAACAAGUCAUAGUACAAACAAGCAAUUUUAAAAGACCUAAAGAAGAAAUAGAUUCAUCAAAUUUAAAGAAGGUGAGAAAGAACCCAAAUGUAGAUACUAGCUUUUUACCAGACAGAGAAAGGGAGGAGGAAGAAAAUAAACUAAGAGAAGAACUAAGACAAGAAUGGGCUGAACAGCAAGAAAAAUUAAAAGAAGAAGAAAUUGAUAUAACUUUCAGCUAUUGGGAUGGAUCAGGACAUAGAAGAACAGUUCGAGUAAAGAAAGGAAAUUCCAUCUAUCAAUUUUUACAAAAAGUUCUUGAAGUAUUAAGAAGAGAAUUUUCCGAAUUAAAAACAGUCAUGGCAGAUCAACUAAUGUAUGUAAAAGAGGAUCUAAUAUUGCCUCAUCAUUAUACAUUCUACGAUUUUAUAGUAACAAAAGCACGAGGCAAAAGCGGGCCCCUCUUUCAGUUCGAUGUACACGAUGACAUUAGGUUACUCAGUGAUGCGUCGAUAGAAAAAGAAGAUUCUCAUGCUGGUAAAGUGCUGUUAAGGAGCUGGUAUGAAAGGAACAAGCAUAUUUUUCCAGCCAGUAGAUGGGAGCCUUAUGAUCCAACAAAAAGUUAUGACAAAUACACAGUUUCUGAUAAAAAUAAAAAGUCUUAAAAAAUAUUAAAUUAAACUAAAAAAGCAAUAUUUAAG